AUGAACUGGAGAGAACGGCUUGCAUUUUUGGCCUUAAAUGCCAGGCUGGCAUAUCGCUCGAGGUCGUCGAAACACGACGAGGAGCGACACGAGUUUGCCAGGUACUCAUCGGAGGAUCACGGGGAGUAUGAAUCACAUCCAAUGAAAAAUGGAAAAUUCUCGCAUUUUUCGACCUCGGCAGACGAUGAUACAGACGAGCAUUUCCGGAAAAAGGCGGGUGAGAAUGGCUGGACGGAAGUUGAUGGCGACCCACGUGACAAGAUCACAGAGUGGCAGGCUGGCUGGAACGUCACUAAUGCUAUUCAGGGCAUGUUCAUUGUCAGCUUCCCAUACACGGUGCUGCAGGGCGGCUACUGGGCCGUUGUGGCCAUGGUGCUGGUGGCCUACAUCUGCUGCCACACCGGCAACAUCCUCGUUGACUGCCUUUACGACCUGGAUGCCAUGGGACACAAGGUUCGCGUCAGGUCCAGUUAUGUGGAGAUUGCUGCAGCCGUCUGGGGACCUCGCUAUGGAGCCAGAAUCGUCCACUGCGCCCAGUUGAUCGAACUACUGAUGACGUGUAUCCUGUACGUGUUGCUGUGUGGGGACCUGGUCCAAGGCAGCUUCCCUAACACACCGCUGUCCUUGACCUCCUGGAUCCUGCUCUGUACCACGCCCCUGUUGGCCUGCGCCUUCUUGACCUCCCUGCGCCGGGUCAGCACGCUCAGUAUGUGGUGCACCAUCUCGCACAUGCUCAUCAAUGCCAUCAUUCUGGUCUACUGUUUUACCAAGGCAAAAGAAUGGCGCUGGAGCGACGUCCAGGUUCGGAUAGACAUCUGGACGUUCCCGAUCUCACUGGGGAUCAUCGUCUUCUCGUACACCUCGCAGAUCUUCUUGCCUGCACUGGAGGGCAAGCUCAGAGACCGCUCCAGAUUUCGAUGUAUGAUGACCUGGACUCACGUCAUAGCGGCGAUAUUUAAAGCUCUCUUUAGCUACGUGGGUUUCCUGACCUGGGGCUUUGACACUCUGGAAGUGGUGACAAACAACCUGCCGUCCACCAGCCUCAAACACAUCGUCAACUUCUUCCUAGUGUGUAAGGCCAUGCUGUCUUACCCGCUGCCCUUCUUCGCCUCGGUGGACCUCCUACAGACCGCAUUCUUCCAAGGAAGGCCGAAGACAUGCUUCUCAUCCUGCUUCGACGAUUCGCGACAGCUCACCUGGUGGGGCCUCAGUCUGCGCUUGGGCCUGGUCCUCUUCACCUGCGCCAUGGCUAUCACGGUCCCACACUUCGCUCUGCUGAUGGGACUCAUCGGUAGCUUCACGGGGACGAUGUUGUCGUUUGUGUGGCCCUGCUACUUCCAUCUGCGCCUCCGCUGGCACCUCAUGUCCCGCGCCGCCCGAGUCCUGGACAUCGUCAUCAUCAUCACUGGUCUGCUGUGUUGUGGCGUUGGUAUAUAUUACUCUGGACACGCGCUGUCUAGAGCUUUCCAGGGAUUGCCGCCAUCGUCUGCUCACACACUCAAGUUACCAAUUCACAAUUAG